GACCAGGAAGUGGAUACCGGAAGUAGUGUACAGUAAAUCCACCUCACGCUUCACGACAGUUGAUGUGAAUUUUUUUUUUUUUUUUUGGGAGUGGGGCUGCUGCCUUAAUCUAGAUGCGUCUGGAUUGGGUCACGUAUGACUGAAAUUUGGACCCGCCGCCGAGGCACUUGUGGCGUUUUUUUUUUUUUUUGUUUGUUAUGACGAUGUCGUCGCGGUGAAUGAGACGGCCGUGAGCCGGGGACGAGACAGUUCGCUGCGAGAGAGCCGCUAGUGGCCCGUCAUUCGGUCUCUGGCAGACUGACAAUUUCUACACCGCUGCAGCUUAUUGGUAUCCGGACUGACAUGGGCUAAGACCGGAGCUAGCCGAGGAGACGCCAAACCGCCCCUGCCGACAUGCUCCUGAAGUCGUCCUUCACCACCCUGGUGGUGGGUGUGUUCGUGGUGUAUGUGGUGCACACUUGCUGGGUGAUGUACGGCAUUGUUUACACCAAACCUUGCGAGCUGCCCAGCAGCACUGGAUGCAUCACGCCCUUUCUUGCAGGAAACCCCGAGCUCCAGAUGAGCAUCUACACAGCCCUCUGGCCCAAUGCAAAUGGGGGACACACCCUCAUCCACAAAGAGGAAAAUUUUAAUGUCAACGAAAAGUUUGAGAGGACUGUGAACGUCUCGAUACCCAAGAAGACGCGCAACAACGGGACUCUGUAUGCGCUAGUGUUUGUCCACCAGGCCGGCGUCACCCCGUGGCAGGACCCCCGGCAGGUGCACCUGGCAGCCCAGCUCACUGCCUACAUGGUACCCAAGCCCCCCGAAAUCUCCCUCAUAACCGGGGAGGACCACACGCAGGGUGUCACGGAAGAGGCUCGCCAGACCAAACAACGCAAAGAAGAAGAAAGUCGGAUGUCAGACCAGCCCGUCUCGCACUGGCGCUCCCGCCUGACGCUCAACAUCGUGGGCGACCAUUUUGUGUUCGACAAGGAACACCUUCCGAGUGACGUGCGCCGCUACCUCAGAGCGUUUCAAAAUGGCAAGAAGAUGGUUUACCUACCUCUGCUCUUUGUUGAUGAGCUCAGCAACCGCAUCAAGGAUCUCCUGGAAAUAAACAGUACCACCCUGGAGCUUCCGCUCACCAUCUCCUAUGACGCCAUCUCCUUGGGAAGACUCAGGUUCUGGAUCCACAUGCAGGAUGCCGUCUACUCCCUGCAACAGUUUGGCUUCACGGAGAAGGACGCAGACGAGAUUAAAGGGAUCUUCACCGACACCAACUUGUACUUCCUGGCUUUGACCUUCUUCGUGGCCGCCUUUCACCUGCUUUUUGACUUCUUGGCCUUCAAGAAUGACAUCAGCUUCUGGAAAGAGAAAAAAAGCAUGGUGGGGAUGUCAAGCAAAGCGGUGCUGUGGCGAUGCUUCAGCACCAUCAUCAUCUUCCUCUACCUGUUCGACGAGCAAACCAGCCUGCUGGUCCUCAUCCCCGCAGGCAUUGGCGCCGUUAUUGAGGUGUGGAAAGUGAAGAAGGCCUUGAAGAUUCAAGUGGUCUGGAAAGGAGGAAAACCGACAUUCCUGUUUGGCAAGUUAGACGAGUCGGAGAGAAAAACAGGAGAGUACGACACUCAGGCCAUGAAGUACCUCUCGUACCUUCUCUACCCGCUCUGCUUGGGGGGGGCCCUGUACGCCCUAAUAUUCCUGCGAUAUAAAAGUUGGUACUCGUGGCUCAUCAACAGUAUGGUGAAUGGUGUCUAUGCCUUUGGCUUCCUCUUCAUGCUUCCUCAACUGUUUGUCAACUAUAAGUUGAAGUCAGUGGCUCAUCUGCCCUGGAAGGCUUUUAUGUACAAGGCAUUUAACACCUUCAUUGACGACGUGUUUGCCUUCAUCAUCACUAUGCCGACAUCCCACCGACUGGCCUGUUUCCGAGACGACGUGGUCUUUCUCAUUUACCUUUACCAGCGAUGGCUCUACCCAGUGGACAAGACGAGAGUGAACGAAUAUGGAAUUUCAUACGAUGACAAACCCAAAAGGAAAUCUCACAAGGACUAAAAAGAACAAGGCGGGCAAGUGAAGGAACAUCUACGUCCUUCCUUUGUUGCAAACAUGUUUGAACUGGAUUUUUUUUUUGCCACCUCAAAUAUUGAGGAACAUUUUUGUGAGGAUUUUAGAUGACAGCAUUUUGUAAUUUUUUUUUAAAAUGCCUCAACUCUGUUUUGUCCAAGUGACAUAUUCCAUAAAUCACGCAAUGCAUCGGUGCCAAAUGUAGGAGGAACUUUUAGAAUGUUUGUUUCAGCUUACUUCCCUUUAGCAGAGUCACUCUGUUGAAUGUUUGUAUUGAAAUUAACUGGAAAGUAUUACUACAUAUUUGGCCCAUCUAGAUUCCAUUCCCUUGUUUUAAUGUGUGACUUUUUAAUCCAUUCUCACAUAAACUUCAAGAUUUCCCUCCUGGUGUAUUUGCAUUUUUUUUCAAUGAUUUCAAUUGAUGUGAGCUGUAAUAAACUGACUGAAUAUACAAACUGA